CAAAGCAUACCUGAGUGGUAGAUUCCUGACGGCCUACCAAGGAAGAAAUGGAAUUGACUAGCAGGUACAGCUGCAGCAGUUUUUCUCACUCUUUCAAUCCCCGAUCUGUUUUGUCUCUUUUGGGUUUAUUUAUUUCUUUAUGUUUCUUCUUCUUCUUCGAAUCAGGUUCUGACCUUCUGCAAAUUCCCUCAUCCAAUGAUCCAACCCCAAUAAGAAAGUAGACUCCAACAACCCCACCAUCUCCAUUCUUCAAUUACCCCACCAAAUAAUAAAUACCUUGUUUGUUUCUUCAACUUCUCUUGUUUACUUUAAACUUUUGGGAUCCAAAAUUUCAAUCUUUUUUGGUCCAAAAAGUUUCAAAAAUCCCAGAAGUAUAAACCUUUGUUCUACUGUGUCUUCAGUGUUCAAGCUCUUUUUUCUCUAUGAUUUCUGUUUUCCUAGUUUUGGUAGAUGUAGGUGGGAAGUGCUAUUUUCUUGGGUGGAUAUAUCAUGUUUGGUGCUAAAUUUUUCACCUUUUCCUUUAUUAAUAUGCACUUCACAUGUUGGUAAUUUAGGUGCAUCGGAUCUUCAUUAAAGAUGCUUUGUAAACAGAGUUAAAAUCCCAACUCAAAUUCCCAGAAUCUUCUUGAUUGACCAAUAUCCCAAGUUCAAGUGUUCCUCAAAUUAGAGAUACCCCAUUGGGGUUCAGGAAAAAAAAGGGAUAUCCAAUUGGUUUUUCAUUGCAUAUGAUUUCUAUCCUUAUGAUAAAUAUGAAGUUAUUGUGGGUUUGAUUCAUAGGCCUCUAUGUCAAUCAUCUGUUGCUGUCCCAUCAUUGAAUGUGUGUACUUUUUGGCUUGUAUUCGUUGGUUAUGGCAGAAAUGCCUCUACACUGCAGGCCAUGAAAGUGAACGCUGGGGUUUAGCCACAGCAGAAGAAUUUGAGCCUGUGCCCCGUCUCUGUCGCCUAAUUCUUUCUGUUUAUGAGGAUGAUCUUCGUAAUCCCAUUUGGGCACCCCCUGGAGGCUAUGGUAUUGAUCCUGACUUCAUUAUCUUGAGAAAAGACUAUGAAGAAACCUUAGGCCGAGCUCCUCCUUAUAUUAUUUACCUUGAUCAUGCUAAUGCUGAUAUAAUACUGGCUGUAAGGGGACUUAACUUAGCAAAGGAAAGUGAUUAUGCGGUUUUGCUUGAUAAUAAACUGGGGCAGACAAAGUUUGAUGGUGGUUAUGUGCAUAAUGGGCUAUUAAAGGCAGCCGGAUGGGUGUUUGAUGCGGAGGUUGAGCUUUUGAGGGAGUUACUUGAGAGGUAUCCCAGUUAUACUUUGACCUUUGCUGGGCAUUCCCUAGGGGCAGGGGUGGUAGCAUUGUUGGUGAUGAUUGCGGUUCAAGAUCGUGGCAAGCUCGGAAACAUUGAGAGGAAGCAGAUUAGAUGCUAUGCCAUAGCUCCUGCUAGAUGCAUGUCACUGAAUUUGGCUGUAAGAUAUGCAGAUGUAAUUAAUUCUGUUGUGCUUCAGGAUGAUUUUUUGCCACGAACAACCACUGCCCUGGAAGAUGUUUUCAAAUCACUGUUCUGCUUGCCAUGUUUGCUUUGCCUAACAUGCUUGAAGGAUACAUGUACUCUGGAGGAGAAGAUGCUCAAAGAUCCUAGAAGGUUGUAUGCACCUGGUCGUCUGUACCACAUUGUUGAGAGGAAGCCCUGCAGGAUAGGAAGAUUUCCCCCAGUUGUGAGGACGGCAGUGCCUGUUGAUGGAAGGUUUGAGCACAUUGUUCUUUCUUGUAAUGCAACCUCUGAUCAUGCUAUUAUUUGGAUAGAGAGAGAGUCCCAAAAGGCCCUUGAUAUGAUGCUAGAGAAAGAUCAGAUCAUGCAGAUUCCAGCAAAGCAAAAAAUGGAGCGGCAACAGUCUCUUGCUCUAGACCACAGUGAAGAGCACAGGGUGGCUAUGCAGAGGGCAGUCGCUUUGGAUAUCCCUCAGGCUUAUUCACCUCUUUCAUAUGGAACAUUCCAUGAGAUGGAAGAAGGGGAGACUUCUGGCCAAUCAAGUGGGGAUGCUCACACACCUUUCUUGAAGAAAUGGAGUGAAAGUUGGGAUAAUUUUGUAGACCGUCUUUUCGAGGUAGAUGAGUCUGGUAAAAUGAUAUUCAAAAGAACAAGCUCAAAGAAAAGCUCUGACUCCUCACUUCAGCCUCCAUAGGAGAAAGAAGCUGUAAUUGUCUGCCAUUUUCACCCAUUCUUCUGUGGAAUUCACCCUCCUUGUGGAAAAUCAGGUUACAAUUGUAAAGGGUUCUUUGUGUUCAUUUUGAUGGCAUAUGUUGAUAAUUAGAAAUUCAUAAUGUUCUCAAUUCCAAAUUGUAACACAAGCAAUUAUAUCUUCUGCCAAAUUAAUAAUUUGAUCAAUGUACA